UGGACUUUUGGAGUAUAUAAUAUUUAGCCAGUCUAAUUUUUAUACGAGUGUUAUGCGUUUCGGGCAUUAUAACCUAACUUUUAUGGUAUGAAUAUCAUUUAACAACUUGACUUGUUUAUUAGAGUAAAAAUUAAUUAACAAUAUGAAUUCAUUUAAUGAAUCUGGAGUAGGAGAACCGGAGCAAGAUGCUAAUUCUGCUCUUAUUGAAUUAGAUAAAGGUUUAAGGUCAAAAAAUACUGGUGAAAGAUGUGAAGCGAUAGUUAGAUUUCCUCGGUUAUUCGAAAAAUACCCAUUUCCAAUUCUCAUUAAUUCAGCUUUGCUUAAACUUGCUGAUGUAUUUCGUCUAGGGAGUAAUUUUUUACGACUAUGGGUUUUAAGAGUUUGCCAACAAAGUGAAAAGCAUUUAGAUAAAAUAUUAAACGUUGAUGAGUUUGUUCGAAGAAUUUACAGUGUAAUGCAUUCAAAUGAUCCUGUUGCAAGAGCAUUGACUUUAAGGACUUUAGGAAGUGCCGCUGGAAUAAUUCCAGAACGUCAACAAGUUCAUCAUAGUAUCAGAAAAUCAUUAGAUUCUCAUGAUUCUGUUGAAGUUGAAGCUGCUAUUUAUGCAGCACGAAUGUUUGCAGCUCAAUCAAAAUUAUUUGCUGUUUCUAUGUGUAGCAAAAUUGCAGAUAUGAUAAGAGGUCAAGCAACGCCAGCUUCAAUGAAACUUCAGCUAAUUCCUAUUCUCCAAUAUAUGCAUCAUGAUACAUCAACUGCAUCUAUGGUUAAUGAUUUAUGUAUGGAAUUGUUAGCAAGUUAUCCGGCAGUAGAAUUCGUUCGAGUUACUCUUAGUGCUAUGAGUACACUGGCAUCAGCAACAUUGAUUGAUGUUCCAGGACAAGUAGACCUUCUUUUACAAUAUCUACAAGAAGAUCCCCGUCUAUCAGUUAAGCGACAAUCUCUUAAGCUUCUUUUGGAUCUAGCGAAACGUGGUGCUCAUUUAUGGCCACGUGGAGCUGUAGAAAAUUUAAUUGAUAGUACUACCAGAUUACCACAAGAUACGAACGAGAGCACCGAUCUUCUUCUAAGAACUCUAGAUGUUAUAGAAGUUUUAAGUAGAAACGCAGUAACUUGUGACGCCAAUAUGGAUGAAAAUAGUCAAUUAUCUACAUUAUGUAUUGAAGCUUGUUAUUCACAUAAUCCUUUAAUCGCAGUAAAAGCAGUAACAAUUCUUUCUAGGAUUGCCUGUUAUUGUUAUCAAGAAGGUCAACCUGUUAAUAAUAUUCAACAUAUUAUUUCAAAUUUAGAGUCACUAAUUAUUUUACUUGCUCUUGAAAAAAAAUACUUGUAUCAUUUAAAAAUGUGUUUAGUUGCUAUGGUGAAACUUUGUCAAGCCCAUCCUGUUCACUCUCCAAUUUUCAUCGAUGCUAUAAGAUCAACUUUAAUGAAUUCUAAUUCAGAGAAAGGACAAAUCAAUAAACAAACUGCAGUUUUAUGCGAAGCUUUAGGUGCUAUUGGAAGUCUUGGAGAUAAUGUACUUUUACCUCUACUUCCUGAUAUUCUUGAAAAGUUAAAGUGCAUGACGGAUGUACAUAUUAAAGUAAUGCUUUGUACUUUACUGUUCCAAAUUGUUGCAGGUGGUUAUGAGUGGAAUAAUGAAUGUAAAGAAGCUAUUGAAAAUGUCGUAAAAACUGUUGAUGGUUGGGCAAAGUAUAGAAUAGCACGAGGAGCAACUAGAUACGGUCAUCAUGAAAUAGCAACACAAAUUUUCAAAAGUCUUAAAGAAACUGUUGCUUCUGAACAAUUACACUUUUGGUUAUCGGGUUUAGAGUUAUUGACAGCGGCAGAAAGUUUUUUAGCCGAAGAAAAUGGUAUGAGUGAUCAAGAAAAAAAGAAUGGAAUUGUAAAAAAAUUAAAUGGCGCUAUUUCGAAAUAUGCUAGUGCUUGUGCUUCAUUAAAAGCCGCUAGUACUCCUCUUAGAAGUCUUCAAUUUGCCUGUGAAUAUGCCAAAUUACGUUGUGAAUUUCUUCAAGCUCUUGCUCAACUUUUACAUUCUUGUAGAUCAUUGUGUACAUCUCCACCACCGGCUAUAGCAUUAUCAAUUGUACAUGCAACCAAAGAUGACUUUCAACGUUAUGGUAGAAUUACGACCCAACUCAGAAAAUCAGUUCAAGAUUUUCAAACAUGUGCAGAUAAUUAUCAUAAAUUAUAUCAAUCGGCUUUUGAUGCUGACGAAGGAUCUUUGAAUAAUAUCCGAGCGCUUCAAGAUAUUUGUAGGCUCAUGGCUCAUAGUGUUGAUAAAAUUUGCGGUGGAUUCAAUUCUACUUCAUCAUAUCAGAAAGGCGAGCCAAUAGAAUUUUCUUUUGGGGAGUCUGUAGAGAUGAGACAAUUAGCUAGAUGUUGUGCUGAAGUGAGACGGCUAGCUCCAACAUGGCAGAUUAAAGAAAAAGAAGAAGCUAUCAGUCAUUCAAGAGUAGAAUGUUUAAUUUCACAAGUACUACUUCUAGCUGGAGGAAAAGUGAGAUUACCUAUACCUAGAUUUUUCUUUCAAGCUCUUCAAGCCACUGUUGUUAAAUUAUCAGUUUCUCCACAACCUAGAGUACUUGGAGAACCUAUUUGUGUUCCUCAAGGCUCCCAAUUAGCUCUAAAAAUCGAAGGAGUUUUAAGACAUGGAAGAAGAGCUUCUCUUUUUCGUUCAGUUGCUGCAGUUUGUAUCUCUAUAUCAACAUCACCUCCUUCAAAAAUAAACUAUGAUUCUAAAACAAGUGGAUAUUCAUUGGAAGUUAGUGGUAAUGAACUCCAACAAACAGUGGUUCCACAUCGUGAUUUCUUUGCCUGUGAAUUUUUGCUGUCUCUUGGUAGCAUCAAUUUAUACAAUUCAAAUUCAAACUGCUCAACCAAUAUCGGCCCAGGAUCGUCUGGUUCUGGAUCUUCGAGUAGUUCUGGUGGAUCACAGUUUCAAGUUACUGCUAGUGCUAGUAUUCUAGAUAAAGAUGGAAAUAUUUGGAAAUGUGGUCCACGAUCAACACUUCAAGUAAAGGUUCAUGAAGAACCAAUGAAAAGAAAACUUACAUAAUAAUUAUAAAUAAUUUUGUAGUAAAUGCGGUUUUGAAUAAAAAAAUUUUUUUCGGUA